AUCCGCCUGCCUCUGCCUCCCGAGUGCUGGGAUUAAAGGCGUGCGCCACCACUGCCCGGCCAUGUUUCAGUAUUUCAAAGUGAUUCCAGUGGUAUCCGUCCCCUUUGCUCAUCAGAAGAUACGUGGUUGCCCUUCUGUUUAGUAAGCAAGAUGCAAGCAGAUUUCUCAGUGCUAGGUAAGGGUGAGACUUAUCACUGGUGCUGUUAGCUUCCAGAUCCCCACACGGGCUGCGUCUCUCUUUCAGCUGGGAAGAUGCCGAAGCGUUAAGGAGUUUGAGAAGCUGAACCGGAUCGGCGAGGGUACCUAUGGCAUUGUGUGUGAGUGGUCAAGACGAAGCUCUGUCGGGCCUGGAAGGCUUGUGCUCCGAACCCCAAACCUGGCCAGAGCUUGCUCCGAAACAUUAACCCCCGGUGUGAUACUUAAGCAUAAGCAUCAGGUCGCUGAUGUCAGCAAUGCAGAUGUGUAGCUGUGGAGAUAACCGACCAGUAAAAUAGAGUACUUCCAAGAGCUCUCUGCAGCUCCAUAGCUGUGAGGCUUUGGCCAAGUAUUUGGAAGUUGCACAAGCCAACAAAAUGCUUUGUAAGCCAUUAUGAAAUAAAUCUUUCCCCUCUAGAUAGACUACCUUCACUGGUAUUGGAAUAUUGCACAGGUGAACUCAGAGCAAUAGGCUGCGUGGGAGAGCUUCUCUCCACAUGAGUUGCUGAUGGCCAGGUUUCAGCUCAAGAGCAAAACUGGAAACUCCCAACCCAGCUCAAAUGGGAACUCCCAAGCUCACAUCCUGGGGAUGGAGGAAGGACCGAGUUUUGUUGGACAUUACGUCGUCAGAGAAGAAAAAACAUUUCAGUAAACUCUCAAAAGAGGCUCCCACAUGGCCAGGUGGGGCUGUGACAGUUUGAGGUUGUGCUCCUGUUUCAGAUCGGGCCCGGGAUACCCAGACAGAUGAGAUUGUUGCCCUGAAGAAGGUGCGGAUGGACAAAGAGAAAGAUGGCAUUCCCAUCAGCAGCCUGCGUGAGAUCACGCUGCUCCUGCGGCUCCGCCAUCCGAACAUUGUGGAGCUGAAGGAAGUGGUUGUGGGCAACCACCUGGAGAGCAUCUUCCUGGUCAUGGGUUACUGUGAACAAGAUCUGGCCAGCCUACUGGAAAAUAUGCCAACACCCUUCUCAGAGGCCCAGGUCAAAUGUAUCAUGCUACAGGUGCUCCGUGGCCUUCAGUACCUGCACAGAAAUUUCAUCAUCCACAGGGACCUGAAGGUGUCCAACUUGCUCAUGACAGACAAGGGCUGCGUAAAGACAGCCGACUUCGGCCUGGCUCGGGCCUAUGGAGUUCCAGUAAAGCCAAUGACUCCCAAGGUUGUUACCCUCUGGUACCGAGCCCCAGAGCUGCUGCUUGGAACUACCACCCAGACUACCAGCAUUGACAUGUGGGCUGUUGGCUGCAUCCUGGCAGAGCUGCUGGCCCAUAAGCCCCUUCUCCCUGGCACUUCUGAGAUCCACCAGAUCGACCUGAUUGUCCAGCUGUUGGGGACACCGAGUGAGAAUAUCUGGCCGGGUUUCUCCAAGCUGCCGCUGGCCGGCCAGUACAGCUUGAGGAAGCAGCCCUAUAACAACCUCAAGCACAAGUUCCCGUGGCUCUCAGAGGCUGGACUUCGUCUGCUCAAUUUCCUCUUCAUGUAUGACCCUAAGAAAAGGGCAACAGCAGGAGACUGCCUGGAGAGUUCCUACUUCAAGGAGAAGCCGCUGCCCUGCGAACCGGAGCUCAUGCCUACCUUCCCCCACCACCGCAAUAAGCGUGCUGCCUCAGCUGCCACUGAGGGCCAGAGCAAACGAUGCCGGCCCUGAGAGUGGGUGCAACCCACCCUUCCACAUCCUCAUGGAUCAUCAGCCAGUGACUGGGAGGCCUCCAGGCCUUUGGCCCCUCCAGUUGGCCGUCCUCUUCAUCUGACUCCUCCCUGGUACUUCCUCUGUGUCCAGAUGCAGAGGGGAUGGUGGACAGGGAUGCUGCUGAGUGGGAUACCCAGGAUAGAAUGGGCUGUUGUAGCACCAUGUGCUGGCCUAUCUUGUCUGUCAGUGAAGCCCCACUUCUGGGGGACAGAGCUAGUGCUGAGAGGCCUGAAGGUCCCAUUCAGUGUGUGUUGGAACUGGAGCUGGGCACUCGCCUGGAAUGAGCAGGCCCAGGAGAUCACAACUGUUCUUGCUUGCCUGGGACAGAUGGGCUCUAGUGACCCUGGGCAGGGCUGAUUGGGCUUCAGGUGGGAAGGAGGGAGCAAGAGUUAGUUGGAGUAGGAUACUUUAAGACCGAGAAUGAAAGCCCUUGGUGGAUGUGGCUGGCACUGGUGAGCAGGGAGAGAACUGACGGACUGCUUUUCCAGGGUGGAGAGAUAAAAAGCCUCUCUAGUACAGA